AAAAAAUAUCAACAAAGCCUGCCUGCUUUGGUAAACAGAUGCAGUGACGCAGCUCAUAAGAGAUUGAGAAAGAACACCACCCUGCGACGGCGAAGGCACAACGGUGAAUCCUGGGAACGGAGAACGAAGACGAAGCUGCGGACAGAGCACGUGGAGAACGCACGCCCACACACAGACCGGAGUCGGAGAAGACGGUGGAGCGCAGCCAAGCCCGAUGGUGGAGUCGUCUCUCACUGAGCAGGAGCGGUGGCGGCUUCCUCCAGUAUAAAAGCAACUAAUUUUUACCGUACAUUGCUGAGGAAUCAGAAUCUGAAUAACUUGUAUCUCUCGUUGGCAUUGAGGCUCUGUUGACCAAGGCAACAAAGACGAUCUUUUUUGGUUGUAUUUAAGCUGGAGCUUGGCACUCUGUAAUUUGGUUCAGUCUCAAUGUUCUAUCUCAGUAGAAUCGAGCACAAGUUACCCUUGCCUCCUCCUCUUCUUACCCUUCCCAUUCGAGAAGCUAUGCACAUGGAGCUUGAGAAGCUUUUCUUGGAUAAGGUUAUUGCAAACUUGGGCCUUUGCAUAUCUGUCCGUGAUAUCAGAUCCAUUGAGGGUGGGUUUAUCUUCCCUGGUGACGGUGCUCCAACCUAUACGGUGGUGUUCAAUUUGAUUAUGUUUCGUCCAUUUGUGGGGGAGAUUAUUAAUGCAAAACUUCUUUCAUCUGAUGCUGAUGGCUUACGCUUAUCCCUUGGAUUCUUUGACGACAUUUAUGUUCCUGCACAUCACCUGCCCAACCCAAACCACUUUGUGGCUGAACCAACAAAUAGCAAGAAAGGCAUAUGGUUUUGGGAUUUUGAACAAUCAUCAUAUCCUAUUCAUGAUACUGAUGUGAUCAAAUUCCGAGUUCAAAGUGUGACUUACCCACCGAUUCCGGUUGAGCAACCAAAAGAAUCAAAGCCAUUUGCCCCCAUGUUGGUUACUGGAUCAUUAGAUCAUGAUGGUCUGGGCCCUGAUUCUUGGUGGUUUGAGACAGAAGAGGUUGAGGACGAAUAAACAUGAGUUCAAAAGAUAGUAAAUGACGGAUUCAUUGCCAGGUUUUGUUCAGUCUUCAAGAUUAGGAUUGGAAGAAAUUGGUUGUUGGUGGUUUGCUCAUGUUCCAAAAGAUAUCUCGUUAGGGAUACUUUUUGCAUGAUUAAAACUCUACAACAUUCUUAAUUACUUUGCUUUGUAAAUUAUUGAUGGAAUCAUUGUUUGCCGUUUUAUUUCUGCGCCCUGAAUUCCUACCAUGCAGGAAGAGAAAAAUCUGUCUAUACAUAUGCUUUUGGUAUCUAUGAUUAUUUUUUCUUGGAUACUAACAUUCUUUUAAGGAAAAAGAAGUACCUAACAACUUC